CCGCCAACAGCACUCGCCAUUCUCCUGCCGAAGACCACGCAGAUUCCCAGGCAGGGUGCUGUUUCACCCACUGCUCAUCAGCCUGGCUUUGAACUGCAGGCACAUCACCAUCGAGCAUGGCCAGUGUGGACCAGCAUGAGGGCACCAUCCAGGUGCAAGGCCAGGGCCUCUUCUUCAGAGAGGCUCGGCCUGGCAGUGGACAGGCUGCUCGCUUCUCUGUGCUGCUGUUGCAUGGUAUCCGCUUCUCCUCUGAGACCUGGCAGAACCUGGGUACUCUGCGUAGGCUGGCUGAGGCUGGCUACAGGGCUGUGGCCAUUGACCUACCAGGUCUUGGCCAUUCCAAAGAAGCAGCAGCCCCUGCCCCUAUCGGGGAAUUGGCCCCUGGCAGCUUUCUAGCAGCUGUGGUGGAUGCCUUGGAGCUGGGACCCCCAGUUGUGAUCAGUCCAUCCUUAAGUGGAAUGUAUGCACUGCCCUUCCUCGUGGCCCCUGGGUCCCAGCUCCGGGGUUAUGUCCCAGUGGCUCCCAUCUGCACAGACAAAAUCAGCGCUGCUGACUAUGUCAGUGUUAAGGUAUCUUGUGUGUGUGUGUGUGUGUGUGUGUUUAAAGCUGAGAUGGCAUGUUAGGAGCAAGUGGGAACCAUCCCUGGGCCUUCCUCAUCUGGUGCCUGGGUAACCAACGGGGUGGUUUCAGGGGAGAUCUGACCACCUAACUCCUUUUGUUUGACUUGUUAGAUUACUAUGUAUAAAAUUGUGUAGUGGGGAAAGUACAAAUGUCCCCACCCUCUGGACCAGCUUGUCUCCAGGUGGGCAGGAAGAGACUGAAGUGGUGAUGAGGGCUGAAGCUGACCUUUAAAGGCUGGGGCUGGUGUGGACCAGGCUGGUCUCGAACUCACAGAGAUCCGCCUGCCUCUGCCUCCCGAGU